AUGGGCAGCACUAUGCCAGGUGACGAUGCUCCGAUCGAGCCAGACUAUGUGACUCAGGUCGUUAUUGUUGGGACUGGGCCGGCAGGAGGAUCUCUGGCCAGUUUCCUGGGUUCACAUGGCAUUCAAGGAAUAGUUAUUGGGAUGACCUCUACAACGGCAGAGACACCAAGAGCUCACAUCACUAAUAUGGCUGCUUUAGAAUGUCUAAGAGAUAUCGGCUUGGAGGGAGAAUGUCGAGAGUUGGCUAGCCCAAAGGAAAGCAUGAUGCAUACCCGCUGGGGCUAUAGUAUGGCUGGCGAAGAGUAUGCACGUCUCUAUGCCUGGGGCAAUGGUGCAGCUUUGGAAGCAAAGUACGCAGAGGCGAGCCCCUGUGAACCGGUCGACCUUCCGCAGACACGCCUCGAGCCACUUCUCAUCCGCAAGGCCGCAACUAGCGGCUUCAUAACUCGAUUUAAUACAGAGUUCCUGAGAUUUGAGGAUGAUUCAACAAAAGGACAGGUUGAUGUGAUCGUCAAAGACAAUGUCUUUGGCUCCAUCCAUCGAAUAAGAUGCCGCUAUUUAUUUGGUGCAGAUGGGGCUCGGAGUCGGAUUCUUCGACAACUUGACCUGCCCCUGAAGCAGAACCCAGGAGGGGGUCUGGCAUGGAACGUUUUGGUUAAGGCAGACUUAAGCAAGUUCAUCAGACACAGACAGGGUAACUUACACUGGUGCUAUCAACAUGAUCUUGAGCAUCCGGAUUUCGCCUGGAUCGGCUUUCCGCGCAUGGUGAAGCCAUGGGACGAGUGGGUUUUCAUCAUGUUUCCCGCCCCAGGCUACCAAGCGAAUGUGCCGCCGACUCGUGAACAGUGGGAGAAACGAAUCUCACAAAUAAUUGGGGACGCGACGGUCGAAAUCAAGAUUCUUGACGUCAGCAAGUGGCUGGUAAACAACAUAUGGGCUGAAAAGUACGCAAUGGGCAAUGUCUUCUGCUUGGGAGACGCCGUGCAUCGACACCCUCCUGCAAAUGGGCUUGGUUCCAACACCUGUGUGCAAGAUGCAUUUAAUUUGGCUUGGAAGGUCGCUUAUGUACUCAAGGGUAUGGCCGGUCCUGGAUUGUUGGAGUCAUACGAGGAAGAAAGGCAGCCUGUCGGAGCCGGCGUAGUGUCAAGAGCGUUCCAGGGCUUCCUGGAUCACUUUCCACUGUGGAAAUCGGUCGGGAUUCUUGAAGCGAGCGUUGAAGAGCGGCUCGCCGCAUUUGCGGAACUCUCUAUGAAUAGUCCAGCGGGGCGGCAACGUCGCAAAGACUUUUUCAAGAGCAUUCAAGGAACCAGGUACGAGUUCCAUGGGCUUGGGAUUGAGAUGAACCAGCGAUAUGCCUCUGGUGCUGUCUAUCGAGCCGACCAGGGCGCGAUGCCACCACUCAAAGGGGACCCUAUCCUUGAUCACACUCGAUCGACAUACCCAGGGUCGCGAUUGCCACACGUAUGGCUGAACAAAGCGAUCCCGGAACAGCCCAUCUCCACCAUCGACCUGGCCGGCAAGGGCAGUUUUACAGUCUUGACUGGCAUUGGAGGAGAGCUUUGGAAAGAGGCAGCCACCAAAUCGUCAGAGGAUCUCAAGAUUCCAGUAGUCGCAUAUUCGAUCGGGUUCCGUCAAGAUUGGGAGGAUGUAUAUUUGGAGUGGGAAAACGUCAGGGACAUCGAGGAGGACGGUUGCAUCCUCGUCAGACCUGAUCGAUUUAUCGCGUGGAGGGCCAAUCAAAUGGUGGAAGAUCCGGCGAAUGUCCUGUUGAGCGUGCUCCGGGAAAUCCUGUAUCGUGGCAAAGAAUCAUAA